AUUUUUUGUUUUAACAGCUCUAUGACUUGGCUCAUCCUGGCCUCUCCAGAAAUUCUGUGGCAGGAUGUCCUCAGACUGAAGAAUUAUGUUCACAGUCAGAUCUUACAUUCCGCUGCUGGGAACAUGGCAUUUGUACUGGCAGCAUGACUGAAGCACGCUGUCAGUGCCUCCCAGGGUGGACUGGUCCCUCAUGUUCUGUUCCAACAGUGCCUACCACAUUCAAGCCUCAGAGCUAUGUCAAGUAUGCUCUGUCAUUUGACCCUGAUAAAUAUUCUACCAUUAUGCAACUUCGUUUCCGUACUAGAGAGCAAAAUGGUGAGCUCUUCCGUGUCAGUGACCAGCACAACCGUGAAUAUGGUAUUUUGGAGAUCAAAGAUCGCAGGCUCCAUUUCAAAUUCAACUUGAACAGUAUUCGCACUGAAGAGAAAGACCUUUGGUUGGCUUCUAUGUAUGUGGACGAUGGGCAAUGGCACAGCGUUCGCGUGAACCGCCAUGGUUCUGCCGCAUUCCUAGAGCUUGAUGGUGGUGAGGGCCGAAGGUAUAAUGAAACCUUUAGUUUUACCGGCCACCAGUGGUUGAUUGUCGACAAGCAGGAAGGAGUUUAUGCUGGAGGGAAAGCUGAAUACACAGGGGUCCGAACAUUUGAAGUUUACUCAGACUUCCAAAAGGGCUGCUUGGAUGACAUCAGAUUGGAAGGAAAGCACCUUCCUCUUCCUCCAGGAAUGAAUGGAACCCAAUGGGGACAAGCCACUAUGGCUCGAAACUUGGAGCGCAACUGUCCGUCAAAUAACCCUUGCGCCAACGUCAUCUGCCCCGAUCCAUUUGAAUGUGUUGAUUUGUGGAACGAAUAUGAAUGCACUUGCCCCGCUGGAUUUAGAGUACAAGGCCACCAGUGUGUCAAUGAGAAUGAGUGCGAAGAGUGGAAGCCGUGCAUGAAUGGUGGCACGUGUAUAGAUUAUGAUGAUGACCGUCGUUAUGAGUGUUUGUGCUCUCGAGGUUUUACUGGCCUCGAUUGCGAACUUGAGCUUCUUGAAUCAGGAAUCAUCACUCCCUCUACUGACUUCAUUAUUGCUAUCUUCGUUUGUGCUGUGUUGCUUCUCAUUUUAGUGUUGGUGUUUGUUGUAUACAACCGAAGACGUGAGGCUCACAUAAAAUAUCCAGGGCCUGAUGAUGAUGUUAGGGAGAAUAUUAUUAAUUACGAUGAUGAGGGAGGUGGAGAAGAUGACAUGACUGCGUUUGAUAUCACACCUCUCCAAAUACCCAUCGGUGGACCACUCCCAAUGACAGCCAAAAUCCCCUAUCCUCAUCUUGGCCCUGACCCAAAUGUUGGUAUUUUCAUCGAGGAGCACAAAAAGAGGGCUGAUAGUGAUCCUAACGCUCCACCGUUCGAUGACUUGCGUAAUUAUGCAUAUGAAGGUGGUGGCAGUACAGCAGGAUCAUUAUCUUCAUUAGCUUCUGGUACUGAUGAUGAGCAGCAAGAGUUUGAUUAUUUAGGAGCUUGGGGUCCACGGUUUGACAAGCUAGCUGAUAUGUACGGACAGGAUGGUGGAAGUGAAGAAGAGGAUGAAGAUGAUGUUUAAACAAAUAUUUUAAAAAAUGGGACUCUUCUUGGUUGCUUGAGGCGAACUUUCACUUUACCUGUACCGUCCCCCCUCUAGUCUCAUCGGCUCUUGUCACUUGUCAAUACACUAGGGCUCAGAGUUAUGAAGUGUGUUUGUAUGGACUUAAGAAGUUAAAUGAAGACUGUAACAUUGCGACUACUCUAAUAAUCACAAAAUAAUUACUUAAUAUUGAUAGAUGAGAAAUGCUUUUUUAUUCUCACCAAAAGAAUUUUAUUUCAUUGCCUAUUUCAAGACAAAAUUUGUCAUCUCUCAUAAUUAAUAUGAAUGUAAUUAUACUUAAGCAAAGUAUCUCUAGAUCAUUUAUAAAUGGAUAUGUGCUGUAUGUUUGUCUAAUGUACAUAUUAGGUGUAGUGAGCUGUCUUGAGAUACUCAACUGAAUCAGUAUGAUGUAGUUUUGUUAUGUAAAUAGAAUGCCAUGUUGGAGUGGAGUAUUUAAGAAAUGUUUUGCACAUAGAUUUAAGAAGUUGAAAAUAGCACUGACUGAAUGAUGUCUUGAAGAGAUUUCUGUAGUAAAUUUUCUAUCCUGAGCUAAUAUGCAAGGUAUUAUGUGGGAAUCUGUAAUGAAGGAUUCCAUUUCCAUUGCACUUUAUUUGAGAAUUAGUUCCUUGGAGUUCAAACGCGAAUCUGGAAGAAAUUUUUCCUUCUGCACUUCUCCAUUAGAUUUGAAAUAUGUAUGUUGUUCCAAAGAUUUUUGAAAUAUUAUGUUCUAGUGAAGUAAAAUCAAAUAUUAAGUGUUAUAAUAGGUUUUUCUUUUUAUUUAUCUAGACUUCAGUCUCAUUGGAGAAGUGCCAAUUGAUAAUAUGCUAGUGGAAAAAUCCAUUUAAAAAUGAAAUGUGAAUUUAUGUGUGGAAGUGUCUGAGGCCAGGCAUAUUAGUGCUUGUUUUCAUCAUAGUUUAAGUUCAAACUAUACCAAAGUCUCAUAAACUCACAAGUCUUUUGUACUAUGAUUUCAAUCAUUCUUAUGUGUUAAGAAGAAAUUAAUAUAUGCAGUGUUUUAUUAUUUAUUGUCUAGGAUAAGAUAGCUUUUGUUGAUAGCCUUACCAUGCCAUAAUGGUAAUGUAAGUCAUACGGCUUGGCCUCUGUAUCAUUCCCUAGACAACUUUGCCACUAUUGUUGCAAAGGGUCAACGUUUCCAAGCUGAACACUCAUAAUUUGCCAAAACUAUUAGUUUCAAGUUCAAGUAUUUUUAUUAGUCAAUAAGCAUUGUGUCAAUUCUUUAUUUUUGUAAUUUGUGUUUGUUUGUUACAUGAGAAUGUUACUGUUUCACUUUGGCUACCAUUCAUUACAUUUUAACCUUGCAAUGGCUUUAGUCAUUUUAUGCAGUGAUCACUUUAUACAUAAGCCGGAAUGAUGGUAGAUUGUCAAUUGAAUCAGUAUCCUCUAAUGUCACAUUCACAAAUUCCUAUGCAAAGUCUUGCAUUUGACCAGUUUACAUAAAAGCAAAUAGCUUUUCUUUUAAUUUGGUUGGAUUGUUUCAACUUUUCAUAUAAUUUCCAUUACCUUUUAUCAAUAAAGAGAACUAUCCUUACAGCACUGCACUUAGCAGCUGCCCCAGUUUUAAAGUUAAAAGAAUGAAGAACAGUAUUAAAAUUCCUAUUUGUAUUCUUAGAAAAUUUAACAUUAAGUAAUUGGGCCACUUCAAAUCAUUAACUUAAAAAACUUAAAAUAAUUUUAAAAUUGGUUUUAUCUUUUUGAAUCUUCCAAUGUUGAGGUGUCAUUCUUCUUGAUUGACAUCAGAGAUUGCUCCCAUCAAAGCUCAAAGCCUAAAAAGUAAGUCUUAAUUGUUCUCAUUUGACUUAUCAAGUAUUUCUUCCCCUCUGCCUUUAGCUAGGAUCUUAUCAUGAAAUGUGAAGUGUCUUGGGAGUUCUCGGCCUAUCCUACAUGAAAAUUGACGUGUAAGCGAGGCUGUUUUAUCGGCAGAAGAAAUUCAUAAUAUGAUUUUGUCCAUUUCUGUCUUUACAAUAGCACAACUUUGCUCUCUGUUUGAGAGACUGGAUUUUUUAUCAUUCAGUUGCUUUAUGUUCCUAUGUGUAAUUUUAUAAUGUUUUUUAUGUUUAUGGUUUAAUGGGAUUUGACAUUUCCUAAAAAUGUUGUUUUAUCUCUAUCCUCUAUUUCAUGACCAGAGUGCGUUUUGGUACCUAUCUUGUUCCCAUAUUCCAACCCCAACUGAUUAUUGGACAUGCAGACAUUUAACGGCAUCAGACGUUACCCGAAUCACUGCCAUGAUUGCCUGUUAGAUAUGCCAUUGUCCCCUCACUGCCUGGCUCCUUUUUAUGACUGUCCUAAUAUUUUGUUACCCUACCCUAGAAGAUAUUAUUGUAGAUUUUUGGACUGCAAAUCAUCAUUUCAUUUGAUUUCUUUUUAAAUUUUGUUACAUUUUUUGUUUGUUAAGAGCAAUAAUCAAUUUUAUCAAUUAUCAGAUAAAGUCACUCAAUUCUUAGAUGUUGAUAAAAUGAUUAGCUUUGAAUUUUAUAUUACGCCUAUUUGUGUAUGUACGACUUCCAUCGAUAAAUGUGAGUCGAGCAGGGAUGCCAUGAAUUUAUUUACAAGCUAGUGACCAUUAUUCAACUGAUUUUGCCAUAUUAUAGUAUUAAUUAUCUGACUUGAUGAUGUUGGGAUGUUUUGCAGCAAGUCAAUGUACCUUUAGUUAACUCUUAUGAUGAGUUUUUAGUAUAUCAUAAGUUUAUCAUUAGGUACUUCUAAGCCUAAGGUGGGGAAGGGGUGGGUCUGUGAGAGUAGCUGUUGCAAGUCACUUGUGUAGAUUUCAGUGAAAUCUGAAGUUCCAAUAUGAUUUAGUUUUUAAUAUUUAUUCAUCUUGUAAGCAAAUUGUCUUGAUUGUGUUCAGGCAAUUGCACUAUGCCUUACACUGUGUUUCAGCUACAAAAUAUUUGAUUUAUCCUCGUGCUUAUUUUUUACUGAUCAAUUUAUACAUUAGAACCAUUCAUUUUCGCCUCAAUUGAACUGACCUUCACAAUUCACUCAAUGAUUCUUUAACCAAUUGAACCUGUAAAUUAAUUAAUUUUGGAAUCCACUUAGUUCUAUCUGUAUAAUGUGUGUCAAUAUUUAUGUUUUGUUUCUUUUUAAUUUUCAUCUGUGAUUCGAUUUAGCUGUUUAAGUUCAAACUUAAUAAACUGGAUACAAUGUUA